AUGGUGCUUUUUCGGAGCUCUAACUCACCGUCAGACCGUCCGGUACCGUUCGCACCGUCAGACCGUCUCUCGUCCGGUCCGUCGGUCGACGUAUGGCAUGGUCGUGCGCACGACCGACCUGCGGUUGGCUUGGCCUCCGGAGGAGGAAGUGGUGUUUGUGUCUUCUUUCUGUUUUGGUCCGCCCGCUGCGGCAGCCGGCGACGCGGCGACGCUGCGAUGGCGGCCAAGAGGCGCUUGCAGGAGCUCUUUGAGAAGUAUGACACUUCUGGGGAUGGCGUGCUUUCAGAGGAGGAGAUGAUGGACGUCUUUCAGCAGCUCUGCAUUUCCAAGGAGAAAGCUGCCAGCAUCUUCAAGAGUGCGGACGCCAACCAGGAUGGGUCGAUUCAAGUGCACGAGUUCAUCUCUUGGCUGACCUCCACCCCACCCAGGUACAAGAUCAACAAGAAGAUCACCGCAGGGAGUGGCACCGUCGAAGCAGUGAUUACCAACACGAACAAGGCCACAGGCAGGAAGUUCACCUUCAACUUCAAGAAAUGCCAGAACAUGGACUUCCCCUCAGGGAAUCCGGCUGAGUUCGUAUUGAAGCCUGGCGAACAAGUCACCAAGACCUUGUUGGAGGUGAAGGGUCUUCCCUACCGGUACAGCUGGUCGAUGUCGCAUCGCUCGGAGUUCACGGGCAUCGAGGAUGACCUGUCCAAGGCGUUUGUGGAUCCGGAGUUCCCCCACGAGCAGUGCAGCAUCGGUGAGUCCUCGACGCAGUUCAAGUGUGGCAGUGCAGAGAUGUGGAUCCGAGCACGGAUGCUGGGAGAUCCCAGCGAGGCCACCCUCUUCGACGAGGUUCGACCUCAAGACGUCUUGCAGGGAAGCUUGGGCGACUGUUGGCUGAUGAGCUCCUUAAGCUGUUUAGGGAGUCAUCCGCAGAAGCUGAAGAGCCUCUUCAGUUCAAAACACCUCACUGAAGAUGGCAAGUAUAGUAUCUGGCUUUUCGACAUCGAGAAGAGCGAGUGGACGUCGGUGGCCAUCGAUGAGUUCUUGCCAUGUAAUGUGCGCUACGGCGUCCCGCGCGCGGAGUUUUCAAAGCCUUUAGGGGAAGAAAUCUGGGUGAUGCUCUUGGAGAAGGCCAUGGCCAAGUUCUGCGGCAGCUACGGCGCUCUGUCAGGCGGCGGCUGUGCUUGGGCCUUCCAGGUCCUCACAGGGAAGACAGAUGUGAUCUCCUACGCUCGUGAGCGGGAUGGCACCUGGCGCCGGCGCCGGCUCAAUGCCAGGUCGAAGAAGGCGCGGAACCCGCGGAGCAUCUCGUGGACCUGGAGUAGCGCAACUCCCACGAUUCCCACCGAGGAGCUCUACCAGACGCUCCAGGAGCACAUCUGUGAUCGGCACGUCAUGGGCUGCAGCAUCGCAGGGAACUCGGCAGGUGCUGAGGGUGCCAAGGGCAAUGGCUUAUACACCAACCACGCCUAUUCUUUGCUGAAGAUCAUCCCAGAAAGCCUGGAUGAUGGCUCACCCAUCCGGCUGGUGAAGCUUCGAAACCCCUGGGGCAACAGUGAGUGGAAAGGCGAUUGGUGCGACUUCGCGGGCUUCGAGACCUCCGAGCCGUCGGCGAAGUGGGCGGAGAACCCGCAGCUGGCCGAGCGCCUGGCGGUACAGAAGGGACGCAAUGACGGCGCCUUCUACAUGACCUUCGAGGAUUGGGCACAGUGGUUCAGCAAUGUGACCUUGUGCCCAGUGGGGGUCAAAGAGAUUCCUCCAGAAAAUGAUGAGCCGGAUGCCGAGGAAGAUGGGAACCACGACGUGGAGGAAUACGUGCUGUCUCAGGCUGUUGGUCCCCCUCCCGUGUCGGAGGUGAAUAGAUGCCAAAACGAAGCGCCACCUCCGUUCACUCGCUUUUCUCGUGCUUUCUUUCAGCUCCAAACCGCGCCGCGCCCCCACUCGGCACGCGCCGGUGCCGCGGUGCGCGCCAUGGACGGCAAUGGCGAAGCGGCGGAGGGGCUGUGGGCGCGGGCUAUGGAAGUGGACACCGCUCUUGGUGGGCUUCCUGGGCUUCCUAACCAUGCUGGCACUGCUGGUGCUGUGGAAGGCACAGUUGGUGGACUGCUGGUGCUAGUUGAAGAGAUCCAGGCCGAGCUCCCGCACCGCCGCGCCCCGUCCACCGCCAUGCCGCCGGUGCCAGCGCCGGUGGCAGCGCCGGUGCCAGCGCCGGUGCCAGCGCCGGUGCCAGGCCGACUGCGCUGGGGCACUCGGAAACAGUUCCGAACCUUCGAGCCCCGGGAGGAUGGCACCUGGCCCUGCAACUUUGAGACCUUGGGAGAUCCCGCGCCAGGAGACAUCUCCAAGAUUUGCGAGUGCGAGGUUGACCAGUCGAGGAAAAGCGAUCGCUCGAACUCUAACAUGGAGUGGAUCUAUUGCGCAUCGCAGUUCAUGCUUUGCGAUUGCCCAGGGAGGAUCCGUUGGGGCAACAAGAAUCGAUGGAAGAUCUUCCCAAUGCAAAAGAAGCCUUUGGGCUGCAACACUGAUCUAGGAGACCCUGCGCCAGGGGAUGCGGGAAAGCACUGCGAGUGCGAACUGGAUCCCCAGUCGGCGCUCUACCGGAAAGUGAACCCUUCGCUCAGGAGGGAAGUGACUGCGCCGGUGAUCUCCUGCGAGACCUUUGAGACCUCGAAACGCAGAACCCCGUGGGAUCGAGAGCAGUGGAGGGCCGUGGAAGGCCUUUGCGCGGAGCCGACGUCGCCCCCGCGAGGGCCCGAGGCGUUGACGUCCCGCGAGCUGCGGCAGAUGCUGGCGGCGUGGAUCAGCGAGGGCUUCGAAGCGAACUACCAGAAGCUAUACAAGCACGGCUGGUUGGAGGAGGCCUUCGUGAACUUCAUCGGUCCGGCGCCGGGCGGCUCCAAGUGGGCGUUGAUCAACGAGCAGCUCAUCCGCUCGGUCCACCUCUUCUCGGAACGGCCUGUGGUGGUGGUGCACUUCGGAAUGCUCACGCCGGACGAAUGGGACCCCCAACAGUAUCCAUGGCUGGUGGUCUUGCACGCAGCGCCCUUUCCCACAGAGGUCUUCCGGCGCUUCGAUCUGAACAAGUAUCGAUCCUUCUUGAUCGCCAGGGUCAAAGCAGGCGUGCAAUUGGACAGUGACCAGUUCGUGGCGCCUGGUGUUGAUCGGCUCUUUCAGUUGGCGAAGCGGGAAGGCUCUGAGACCUAUCCGCUGCCCAUCUUGCCGGUGCACUUCCUGCGCAACGAGGAAUUGCCCAUGUAUCCGGGCAGCGUGACACGAGAAGGUGUGACGAUGAGUGGCGGCGUGAGCCAUGUCUUUGACCGCUUUUGCCACCGGACCUCUUGCAAUGUCACCACACGUUGGGGCCAUGCACAUCCCACCUGGACCUUCUGGGCCCUGCCCUUCCUCGGGCGCUGGAUCCGCCGGCAUCUGCGCGACGAGACGCUGCCGUCGUCGUCGGCGGACGAGCGCGGGCCUCGCGGGCGCAGUCGUCCGGUGCCGGCGCUGCGGGUGAGUAGCAUCGACGUGGAUGAAGACUUGCUGAACAUCGGUACCUGGGAAGAAGGUGGCUGGAAGCAAUGGUGUAAGUACGAUGUCAUGGAUCCCAGCGAGUUCGAACGCCUCUUGGACGGACCGAGUGCCUGCGACCGUGGACCGCGCGGCGCCCUGGUGCCGCCGCCCAUCGCGGCCGACCCCGUGUUCCACCCGCAGGGCGCGCCGCUGGCCGCUGGGAGUGGUCAGUGCGGACGGGGACGGGGGUUCGGUCCGGAUGCGAUAGCCUCCAAGCUACGACUAUAG